UUGAAAAAUAAUAAAGAUCUGUGGUACUUGAUAAUUAGGCCAACUAUUAGGGGGAAUAGUUUACCCCAAGUAUAAAUAAGGUCCAUCUUUCCCGUCUUAAACCCUAGACUUUCGUGCUCUUUGAGAAACCCUAGCCUCCCUUUCUGUUUGCGAAAAUGACUGGAGAAGCAGUAAACCCAAAGGCAUACCCACUGGCCGAUUCUCACCUCACCAUUACGAUAUUGGACCUUGUUCAGCAAGCGGCCAACUACAAACAGCUCAAGAAGGGCGCUAAUGAAGCCACCAAGACUCUCAACAGGGGUAUCUCUGAGUUCAUCGUCAUGGCUGCUGAUACUGAGCCUCUCGAGAUUCUUCUUCAUCUUCCUCUUCUGGCUGAAGAUAAGAAUGUACCCUAUGUUUUUGUCCCGUCAAAGCAGGCUCUUGGCCGGGCAUGUGGUGUCACAAGGCCUGUCAUUGCCUGCUCUGUGACAUCGAAUGAGGGGAGUCAAUUGAAAACUCAAAUUCAACAACUCAAGGAUGCCAUCGAAAAGCUCUUGAUAUAAAAUAGUAUGGAAUGCAUAUUCGGUGUGAUGGGCCUCUUGGAUAGUGGUUACUCCUUUAGAGGCUUUGACUGGAGUACUUGUACCACUGAGGAAUGCAGCUUCUAAUGUAAACCUCUAUAUUUUAAGCUCUUUCUAUUUUCAUGUUUUCAUUGUGAGAAAACUUUUGGCGUUAAUAUUAAUACCAAAUUCAGGAUGAACGAUUCUAGAAA